UGUAGUACACUUGUACAUAAUAUUUAUUAUAUAAAUACUAUAAUACUAUUAUAAUAAAUAUUUAUUAUAAAAGUUAUAUUUUUUUUUUAGAAAUUGACUCACAUGUAACUGGUAAAAUUGAAUCAACUGCAGACGAUUGUGACUAUAUAGAUAUGUGUCGAAUUAAUAAUGAAACUAUAAUUGAUUCACAUAGUAUAAAUGUGACUUCAAAUUCAUCUAGUUCUGAAAUUGACUUACAUGUAAAUGGUAACAUUGAAUCAACUGUAGACAAUUGUGACUCUAUAGAUAAGUGUCGAGUUAAUAAUGAAACUAUAAUUGAUUCGGAUAAUAUAAAUUUUGCUUCAAAUUCAUCUCGUUCUGGUAAUGAUUUUAAAUCUGUACAACCAACUGGAACCAAUCAUGUAGAAUUAUCUAACGAUCUAGAUCUUCCUACUCGUGUUUUUCCCAAAGAUAAAUUUGGCCGCAGUUUUCAGACUUCAUGUUAUUGGAAAUCUCUGCCUGAUAACAUAAAUGUCAGAAGAGAUUCGCUCAGUUAUUCUAUAUCAAGUAAUAAAAUGUUUUGUCAUCAUUGUUUAUUGUUUGGGCGCAAUACUAACAAAGUGUGAUCUGUGGAUGGAGUUGCUUCGUGGCUGAGAGCUUUGUCAAGUAUGCAAAUUCAUGAAUGUUCAGAAGCACAUAUUGAAGCUUCCCUUAAAUUAAAAUUGAAAAAAAUAUCAUUACCCAUACUACCUUUAUUAGAAAAAAAAUAUAGACAAGACAAAGCUAUAAACAAAGAGAUUCUUCAAGACUUAAUUGAUAUUACUUUUUUCCUUGCAAAAAACUAUGUUGCAUUUUGUGGGCAUAAAGAAAGAUUAAAAGAAGAAUUUGGUAACAGAGGAAACUUUUUAGAUUUAGUACUCUUGAUGUCUAAACGUUCACCAUGCCUUACUUCAUAUAUUACUUAAUUGCAAUUAUCAACAAAAGAACAAAACGUUAAUCUUAUUUCAAAUAUAAGACAGAAUCAGUUAAUUGGGUCACUUGCUUCAACAAUAAGAGCAUCAAUACAAGAAGAAUUAAGAACUGCUCGUUUUUUUGGCAUAUCGAUUGACUCAACUUUUGAUUUAUCUAGAAAAGAACAAUUUGUUGUACGCUAUCAAUUCAACAACAGGAACUUAAUCUGAGCGGUUAAUAGCGUUAAGAGAAUCAUCAGUUACGACUGGCUUUCAAUUAUUUAAUAUUUUUGAAAAACUGUGUGCUGAUUUAUCUAUUGUUUGGAAACAGUAUUUAGUGGGACAGUCUUAUGAUGGUGCUCAGAAUAUGAGAGGUCAAUUUCAAGGAUUAAAAACUUAUGUACAACGAAAAUGUCCAUCUGCAAAUAUUAUUUGGUGUUACUGGGACAGUCUUAUGAUGGUGCUCAGAAUAUGAGAGGUCAAUUUCAAGGAUUAAAAACUUAUGUACAACGAAAAUGUCCAUCUGCAAAUAUUAUUUGGUGUUACGCACAUAGGCUCAACUUAAUCGUUGCUAAAUCUGCCGGUUGAAAUAUUAAUGCCAUAGAUCUUUUUGGUAAUCUAGAGUCGGUUUACAAUUUUAUAUGUGGAAGUAAGAAAAGAGUGGCUAUUUAUGAAGCUAAACAAGAUUGUUACUGCGGUAAAAGAACUCGUAGGCUUAAGCGAGUAGCUACAACACGUUGGAUGUCACAUGGACGCCCUUGAUUCAAUAUUAGAAACAUUCGAAGCUGUCAUUGAAACUCUGGAUGAUGUCAGGAAUAAUGCAGGCUGUAAUGACCAAAGUACUGGACAUAUUGCUGGUUGUCUUAUAGAAUAUCUUCUUUCUAGACGGUUUUUGUUGAUAGCAUUCUGUUUUAAAUACAUUUUUGAGAUCCAGUCAAUAUUUUAUUACAACGUAAGGAUUUUGACUUACUUUUGGCUAAGAGUAGCAUACAUAAUGCUCAGUUAGCUGUUCAGAACCUUUGAGAUAGUAAUAUUUUUAACAAGAUAUUAAUUGAUGUUAAUAAUUUUAUGAACAAGUUUUGCCAAUUUGAAUUUUCUGAUAAGCUUAAUCAAAGAAUUAGUCGUAAAAAAAAAAUGCCAGGUGAAGAGGCUUCUGAUGUCCCUAUAAUAGAUCCAAUAGUAAACUUCAGAGUUAAUGUAUUUUAUGUUUGUUUGGACAUAAUAAAUUCAGAAUUUGACGAAUACUUUGGUAAUAGUUCAAUCGAAAUUUAUAAAGAUUUAUCAUUGUUUAGUAUAAAAAGGCUAGAUGAAGUGAAAAAGAAUCCAGCAUCAGUUCCAAAAGAUGCUUUUUCAAUGUUUUGUAUAGUUUACGGAAAGUAUGUGAAGAAAGAAAAUGUUAAUCUGCCCAAAUAUUUGCAUGGAAAAGACCUAAUAGAAAAAGAAGAAUUUUCGUCAGAAUCAGAUAAUGAAAUUGAAAUGGAACCUAGAGAAGCGCUUAUAUGUAGAGAGUAUGAAAUCACUAUCAAAUUUUUCAUGCGGGUAACUUGGGUUCAGUGUUUCCAACACUUAAUAAUGCCCUUCAAAUUGCUUUGACACUUCCUGUUUCAAGUGCUACAACAGAACGGACAUUUUCAAAGCUUAAAAUAAUUAAAACUCGUUUAAGAACUACUGUAUAUGAAUGACACACGUUUAGAAGAUUUUAUUUUAAUCACUUGUGAGCAAGACUUGUACAAAAAUUCAAAAAAUCAUUUUAUCGAUAGGUGCUGCGUAUAAUAAUAUUAUGAGGGGUGGGUCACCUAAAAUUAUUUGAGAUACACCAUUUUUUUUUUUUUUGGAUACACGCCACUGACCCUUGUAUUAGAUUUUCAUAUCUUAGGUAUACAUUUUUUGUAUGAAUAUCAAACACCAAAAUAAUUUGCAAAAUGUCGAGACAAUGAUGAAUUUAAUGAAAUUAAUUAACUUAA